UCCCGUGUCUUCGCUGGCUGUCAGAGAACGCCGCAGCAGCAUCACUAUGGCUCAGACCCGGGAAGCUCUUGAUGACUCAGUGGGACUGCAGAACCCAGAGGGAUUACAAUUAGAGGCGGAGGAGGGGGAUUUGGGACCCGGCGACCCCCAAGACUGGAGCCAGGACGGGGCGAGGAAGAGGAUCGGCGGUGGGGGUGACAUCACCUCGUUGUGUGACUCUCUGUCUUCCCUGCUGGGGGUGAAGGACCCACACACAGAAAGGAAGAACAGCAGCUACCACACCGCUGGGGCCUGUAGAGCCAGACACACAGCAGAGAGGAGCCAGAACCAACACAGCACAGAGAAACUCGCAGAGAAAUACAGCGGAGAGAUUCAUAACCAACAACACAGCACAGAGAAACUCGCAGAGACAUACAGCGGAGAGAUUCAUAACCAACAACACAGCACAGAGAAACUCGCAGAGACAUACAGCGGAGAGAUUCAUAACCAACAACACAGCACAGAGAAACUCGCAGAGAAAUACAGCGGAGAGAUUCAUAACCAACAACACAGCACAGAGAAACUCGCAGAGAAAUACAGCGGAGAGAUUCAUAACCAACAACACAGCACAGAGAAACUCGCAGAGAAAUACAGCGGAGAGAUUCAUAACCAACAACACAGCACAGAGAAACUCGCAGAUAAAUACAGCGUGGAGAUUCAUAACCAACAACACAGCACAGAGAAACUCGCAGAGAAAUACAGCGGAGAGAUUCAUAAGCAACAACACAGCACAAAGAACACAGAGAAAUACAGCGUGGAGAUUCAUAACCAACAACGCAGCACAAAGAACACAGAGAAAUACAGCGUGGAGAUUCAUAACCAACAACACAGCACAAAGAACACAGAGAAAUACAGCGUGGAGAUUCAUAACCAACAACACAGCACAGAGAAACUCACAGAGAAGAAGCGACACAAGCACAGGACAGAGAAAGAAACCCAGCAUGGCGCUGAGAAAGUCAGUAAAGAGGUUCAUGUCACUCAAAUCACAGGUAAUCAGAAAACACUAAUACACCACACAGGGUCCCACAAACAGAAUAGCCCAGGCAGACACCAGAUCGACAUCGCACAAAGCACAGAAACGUUUACACGGAGAAACAGCACGGAGACACAAACGCAGAGCAGCACAGAGAAACGGUGCACAGGGUUAACCAACACAGGGAUGUGUAAUCAACAUAGAAUGGAUACACAACGUGUAGAUCUUCUGUACACUCUGCACAGUGUAGAGAAACAGAGUUCACAAAUACACAGCAGUCACCUGGAGCAGGUAAGCCUUGCUAGCCAGAAUACAGACAGACAGGUGUCACACAACCAGCGCAUUGCAGAGACACACUGCAGAGACACACACAACACAAUAGAGUUACAGUGUUCGGACAUAUCUGACACACACGUGACACUAUGCACAGAUACACACAAUAUAGCCAACACACACAAUAUAGCCAACACACACAAUAUAGCCAACACACACAAACCAGACACACACUGCAGGCUCACACACAACCAUCACAAACCAAACACACACUGCAGGCUCACACACAACAAUCACAAACCAGACACACACUGCAGGCUCACACACAACAAUCACAAACCAAACACACACUGUGAACUUAUUGCAGAGCCCAGUACUGACACACAGUGUACAGAAACACACACCACAGACACAAUCUGUAUGGACACACAGCACACAGAGACAGAGGGGAGUAGUGAACCCACCACAGAGACAGAGGGGAGUAGUGAACCCACCACAGAGACAGAGACAGAGGGGAGUAGUGAACCCACCACAGAGACAGAGGGGAGUAGUGAACCCACCACAGAGACAGAGGGGAGUAGUGAACCCACCACAGAGACAGAGACAGAGACAGAGACAGAGACAAAGCCCCAGCCUCAGGCCUUCCUCAGUGCUACAAAGCCCCACGGUGAGGCAUGCAGAGCAUGUGUCCACUGCCAGGAAGAGCACAAGGUGUGUGUCACCACCAGGAACUCAGCAGAGCCGACUGAACCAUCAGGGACAGAGGAAACAGUGAAUGGCAUCUGUUCAAUCAUGUCGUCCGUGGAGGCUGGACUUCCUUUUGAGGUGGGACUUACUGUAGAGGUGCGACUUUCUCCCCCGCUAGACGCCCGUGGGCCCAUACCUCUUUCCAACAACCUGUCACCUGAUCUGUCUCUCUCACCAUCGCAAGACAGGAAGGGGAUCAACCAACUGGAAUCCCAGUUAGCCUCACCUGUCCCACCUACUGGGCUAGACAGUGGAGGAAUUACAGAGAUACAACAACAUCAACAACAACAAACACAGAGCGUUAGUUCACGACCCCUGAAGGAGGAUGCCGUUCAGACCCAGGGCCUAAUCCCUGAGCUCCAGGACCAGGGGGACUCUAGCACAGAGACACCCAGGGACAGUGAGCACUCGCCUGGGGAGAGUACGAGGGAUGAGCUCCAGCUUGAUUCUGCUCAUCUCCAGUCUCACACUGAGGGGGGGAGUGAGGAACGCCUGCCCCCCACCCCCACUCCCUCCCCCACAUAG